CUCUUUCGUCACCUGCCUUUUGUUUUCCUCUGAAGAGCAGCGUCACUGUGUUUCAGGCUGCCUGCGUACAUCAUGGUGAAACACUGGAAAAGGAAUGUUUGAGUCAUGUUGUGUCAACUGAGGAUAAACCUGGAGUGUCAUAAUCAGUAGGAUUUUAGUCAGGGAUGCAAAUAACAGGUUAAAUGGGCAUUUCCAUUACAAUUUCAACUUCAAGAACUACUGGAAAUCUUAUUAUAGAACUGGAGCACAAGUCAUGUCUUUCUAAUCCUUCUUUUCUUAAAGGUUGUACAAUUAUUCCUACAACUUUAAAAAUAGUACCAUCCAUAGGCACACAUUACUAUGUCGAUUCACAGAAAAACAAACAAGCUACAAACAAGUACCCUUGGACAUGCUUAAGACUCUGAAUAAUGAAUAUUGAAAAUGUCUUGCCUUUUUUUUGUGCCUGUUAACAUUUUUGAAAAAGACUAUUAAUGUGAAUGUAAAUACUUCUGAAGACUUAUUAAUGCUACAUAAAACUUGUACAAGGUGAACCACUGUAUUGAUGCUUGUGUGUACUGCUGAUAUGAACUUGUAAUAUGUUUUGAAAUAUUCUCAGUAAAGUAUUUUUAAAAAAGAAAUACAAACAAGACAGGUGGAACAAAAGCGGAACUCCUCAUCUCGAGUAGAAGUUUCACACGGAACCUUCCGGCGGACCUCUAGGUAUGCUGUUCCCAUAGGAACCAAACUGAUGGAGUACACACAAGGCUGUUGUAGAAUAAAUGAUUAGUUUCUACAUUGAGGGCAGGUUGAACCAUGUCCUCCUGUUCAGCCUUUAAAAGCCAUGCAGGACAGUGAUGAUCUCGAGGCCCAGCUAGCCUCUAAGGAAAGGGAAUGGAAAGAGCUUCAGGCCUUGCGUAUUCAUCAGCUGGAGACUGCACUGUCUGAGGCCACCAGUGAGCUUUCCACCCAGAGAGAGCGCUUCCUGCGUUUGCGGGAUGAUUUCCAGUACAACCUGCGUGUGCUGGAGGAGCGGGACAGAGAGCUGGAGCGCUACGAUGCGAUGGCUGUCCGCAUCCAGACUGAAGACAGUGCCCGGCAAGCGGAGCUCAGUGAGCUGAGGAUCCAGCUAGCCAAACUACAGGAUGCCCUGGGAGAAGAAAAAAAGCAAAAAGAAGAUUUGCAGGCUCAGUAUCAGAAGAGGGGAGUAGAGCACCGGCUACAGCUGGAGAGAGUAUACAGUAUGAAGGAGGAGGAGAUUCAGACACUCAGAGAAGAGAACGAGACGCUGAGACGGGAUCUCCAGCGGCGAAUCCAGGCAUCAGAUGGGGAGUUGGCACUGCAAAAACAGGAAAUGAUAGCGGACUUCGACAGCGAGAUGCGAAAACGGGAACAUGAGUUCAACCUGAGAAUGGAUGAGAUGCGCAACGUUGUGCUGUCGCAUGAACUCAAGGUGCAGCUUCUGAACAAAGAGUUGGAUGUCCAUGCCAAAGCCCGCAGCGAGGCUGUCGAGGCACUGCAGCUGUCUGAGCAAGUCUGUCAACAAGCACAGAAAGAGAUCCUGCAAAGAGACUGGGACUUCAAAAGCACAUCUGCAGUCAAAGACUCAAAGAUAAAAGAGCUUGAGGAAAAAGUGACCCAAAUGAAGGCUAAACAUAAAAAAGAAGAAGAAGUCAGCAACAGGAAGCAUGCAGAGUUGGAGCGCAGGGCCCGAGAGAGAGAAACUGCUCUGGAGGCCAUGAAGGAGGCGCACAUCUCUGACCUGAACGAGGAGAAAAAGAAAGCCACACAGCUCCAGAUGCAGCUAGACAGCCUGGUUCUGGAGAAGGAGAGGAGAGACAAAAGACAUGCAGAUGAGAUGUCACACAGAGAGCAGCAGAUCCAAGAGCUCCGUGCACAGCUGGAGAAGACACAGGCCGGCUGGGAGGCUUACAUCACGCAGGUCUCUAAAGAAACGGUUGCCAAGGACACAGAGCUGCUGUCUGCGGGGGACAGAGAGGCCAAAAUCAGAGCAGAGCUGCAGAAAUGUAAAGAGGAUUCAGAGAGGUAUAAACAACAGUUGGCCAGUGCAAUUCAGAGGGAACAGGCUCUGGAGCAGAAGCGUGUGCAGUUGGAGCUGGACUGGGAGCGCCGCUGUGAGGAAGUGCGUGCUGAACACUACCUCAAGAGUGAGGAGCUCAUCCACGGGCUGACCCAGUCCAGAGAAAAGAUAAAUGCUGAAUUGAGGGAGAAGGAGCAAGAGCUGCAGGAAAUGGUUGCUUUGCUAAGGAGUGUGACCAUAGAAAGAGACCAGGCUCUGCGUGGACUUACCUCAAACACAACUUCUCAGGUAGUUGGAGUGGAAAGUAGCAGUUUUCCUUCAGAGGAGAUCCGGAGGCUCCAGCAGCAGAACAGCAGCCUACGGGAGGUGAUAACUGAGAUGAGGAGACAAAUGGAGACUCUCAGCACAGAAAUACCCCUACCUCAGAACCCAACGACAACUCAGCACAGUGACCCUAAACCCUCCUCCACUGCAGGAAUUACAGAAUACAACCAGGCACUAGAAGAGGAACUAAAAAAGCUGAAGGCUAAAUGUAGGCAUCUUGAAGAUCAAUUAGAAGAAGCCUCUAAGACAACUAAUCACAUUCCCACAUCUACAAGUGUGCUUCCUGUUUCUCCUGAUAAUGCCUACCUUCAAAACCACAUCAGAUCCCUCAACGAAACUAUAGGUGGACUGCGAGCUGAAAAAGUAGCCAGUGCUGCUGCUUUGAAGAAACAGGAAGUGAGGCUGGCCCACUUGGAAUCAAUUGUGACUCAACUCACACAGCAGUGUCACUCAAGACAAAUGGAGAAUGAAGCAUUACGAUUAGAACUGGCCAAUCAAAAAAGAGGAGCAGCAGCAGAAGAGACAAGCUUGAAGCAAAGGUUGACUGCUGCAGAGAUGCAGCUAGAGGAGGUGAAGAGAGAGGCAGAAGAGUACCAAAAAGGCAGCGUUCUUCAUAAUCUGGAAACAGUUGCCCUGGGCAACCAGGUGUCUGCACUGAAACUGGACAUUGCAAGCCGGAGAGAGCCCAUCAUACUUAAACAUAGCGAGAUGGUGAAGCAGCUUCAGGAGGAGAAUCUCAACCUGAGGCAGCAGCUGCUGUUACAGGGUACUGGCAGAGGAAGUGAUCUUGGCAAUCCCCAUCUGCUCAACACCAAACUCAAACAAGCAGCUCGUUUGAUAUCUCGCCUCAGCCAGGACAAACAGCAGCUCAUUGAGAUGGGCAACAGACUCAGGGCUCAGCUGAUAGAGUCAGGGUUGGAUGAUUUGCGACAUUCUGAAACAAGAUCCAAACCUAGCCUUUGUGGGAAAGAACCCUCUAAAGAUGAAUCUCAUGCCCAGCCACAUGGUCGUUUAUCUGCCCUGGAACAACUUCAGUACAAGCUUACUACUCAGGAACUGCAGUAUGCCCAGAGAGAUCAGAGAAAGAAAAAUCCCAUUGUAGUUCGUCCCCUCUCUGGAAGUGGGAGUGGGGCCAGUGACAUUAACCCAUGGGAACUGCCAACAAGAGUUAGAGUCCAGCAUUCAGUCAGUAAAGAGAACACUCCCCCUGUUCAAUCUCAGUCUAAGGGCCCAGUGCACCAGGCCAGCUCUCCCCAAACCCUGCUGUCCUCCAUGGGUACUGAUGAGUCUCUGCAGGAUGUGUGGAAGAUGCUGGAGCAUGGCUUGAGUCCCACAGUACUCACUUCUAGUAACAGUGAGGACCAAGAUACGGUUCCUGUAUCAGCCAGAGCCAAAGAGCAGGGAAACACGCCACAUCCAGGAUUACCAGUUAGAGUUCAGGGCUUGAAAGCAGCGAUCCAGGAAAGAAACAAACAAGCCACAGCUACAUCGGAACCUGGUAAAAAGGCAAGGUCGGCUGGUAAAGCAGUCAAGAUUCGAAAUUACAACAUUAAAGACUGAAACUAAGCAGGUACAAAAUGUGCCAUCACAACAACAUUUUGAAAUUACUAUUUAACAAACCUGAUUCUGAUGUUUUGCCUUAACACAGACCAUGUUAAAUUACAGCUUCACAUAAAGCAGUUAUCUCAUACAUGUAUUUGCCUAUAUUAUAGCAUGUAUUUUGACACUAAGCUCUGUUAUGAGGAGUGAGUUCAAAUAUGUGAAAUCUACAGCCUUUCCUUAACUCUAAAUGAGGGUUAAGCGUAUGCACAUACUGUAAAUGUUCCUUGUAAAUGGCACAUCUCAGAUCACCAGUAUUACAUAAAUACUGCAUGGGGGGAAAAAUCACGUAAGGAAAUUUAAGAGUAACAGUCGUAAGUUUUCAG